UUCAUCCAGGCGAUGCGUUUGCGUUUUGGAGGACAAUCCAGGCUCCUCCCUUGCACAACGUCACCCGAUCCCGAUCUCUCUCCCAAAGCGUCAGCGAUAGUCAGAAACAUUCUGUGGCGGUAGAUCAGCGGGGCGGUGCGCAUUGCUGGAUAAAGCUUCACUGUAUUUCAUCCUAAACGACUGAGAAAAGGGGGGGCUCAUCCCACCAUUUCUACAGUUACAACUUCACCGGCCUGGUGUGCUGAUCUCUCCGGCUGGCCGUGGCUGCAGGCGGGGAGAACCGGGAACUUAAGGAACUAAAACAGGGACGGUGCCAGCAGAUUAUCACUUAGGUGCUGUGUCAGUGUUGCAGACGGAAGAGCAAGGCGACGUUUCCCCGGAGGAACUCUCCAAGUGUUGGAAACUUCCCAGCACAGCAUCGAUCGAGGACCUCCCGCCCACUUUACUGCUCCACAAUCCUGGAAAGGGGGGGGAGAGAGAGUCCUGCAGCCGCUGCGGUGGAUGGAGCAACAAAGGCUGGAUGGUUAAACUAGAAGAGCUGCUUUGAUAAGAACUCCCCUUUGUCUCCUCGCCUGCUGUUUCCUAAAAUACUCCAUCACCUACAAGGCAAAUCUGCAGCCGCCUGGAUCGCAUUUCGGGGAGCCGGCCAGGUUCUACUUAGUGCAAACUCUCCGCCAGCAAGGGAACCGCCGCAGACGUGAAAUUGAUGCUUUGCCACGGAGACGCGCGCCACCGAUUCUCUAGUUUUGCGAAAGUCUCCAACUGCUCAGCGAGGGAGCUAGACUAGUUCGGGACGAAGUGGGAUUUGCAGAAGUUACAUGCUUGGUCUUUGUCAUCUCGAUUGAGCCCCGUUCACCCACUCUCAGGUUAUCAGAGAAGAUCCGGAUAGUUGCGGAGCCAUGGCGAUGUGUGUGGGGAUAUGGAUACUCCUGUUAGCGCUGCACGUCCAAGGUGGCGAUGGACAGAUGGUACAGAUGGACUCCAGUAAGUCUGGCUUUGUGGGUUCACAAGUGGAACUGCGCUGCAUUUUCAUCAACAGUAACCCACCAGUCAAGAUCUCUCAAGUCACCUGGCAGAAGCUCCUCAAUGGCACCAAACAGAAUGUGGCCAUAGCCAACCCGGCCCUUGGCGUGUCCGUUCUGCCGCCUUUCAAGGAGCGGGUCAGCUUCAAGCAGGUUCUUCAGCGUACGCCCUCGCUGGAGGACACCACCAUCGUGUUCUCCAAUCUGCAGCUGUCUGAUGAAGCUGCCUACAUCUGCGAAUAUACCACAUUUCCUGCGGGCAACCGAGAGAAUAUGGUCAACCUUACUGUAUUUGCUCGACCUAUGACACGUAUGACCUUGACAACGCCCACGAUCGUGGCCAGGGCCCAGAAACGCAAGAUGACUGUUGCCACUUGUGUAUCAGCCAACGGGAAGCCCCCGAGUGUGAUCAAAUGGGACACCAGGUUGAAGGGUGAAGCCACUUUCCAGGAGACUCGGAACCAAAACGGGACGGUGACAGUACGGAGCAACUACGUGGUGGUACCGAGCCGCGAGACCCACAAACAGAAGCUUACGUGUAUCGUGACGUACCGAAAUGAGAAGAUUACAGACAGCGUGGUGCUCAAUGUGCAGUAUGAGCCUGAGGUGAAGAUCGAGGGCUUUGAUGGAAACUGGUACCUGAACCGUCAGAAUGUUCAGCUGACCUGCAGGGCUGAUGCUAACCCCCCUGUCACGAUCUACCAGUGGAAACUCCUGAACGGCUCCCUGCCCAGUAAUGUGGAAAUCAAGAACAACACCCUGUUCUUCAAGGGGCCGGUGACCUACGACCUGGCCGGCACGUACGUCUGUGACGCCACCAAUGGCAUCGGGACUCGCACUGGCAUCGUGGACGUCAACAUCACGGAAUUCCCUAACAACCCGCCACUUGGGGGCCAUGAGAUCCCGCAGGAGCAGAACAAUGCAGGUACCGUCAUCGCGGCCAUUGUGGGGGGAGCCGUCGUGUUGUGUGUGGUUGCCAUUCUGCUCUUCAUAUUCCUGCGCCGCCGCCAGCGCACCUUCAAAGGUGACUACAGCACCAAGAAACAUGUGUUUGGAAACGGGUACAGUAAGGCCGGUGGUCUGCCCGCCCACCCUCCCAUCCCAAAGAACCUGCAGUACCCGGAUGAUUCAGACGACGAGAAGAAACCCGCCCAGAUUGGCGGCCCUGGAGGGUUUGAGGCGAGCGAGCGCGAUUUUGACGCCGAGCAAGAGGACCUGAAGAGGCCCUAUUUCACUGUGGACGAAGGAGAGAGCCGAGAUUAUGACGAGCGGACUCUGGCUUUCCAGUAUGACCCUGAACCUGAGAUAGCUGAUGAUAUGAUCUCUCAAACCGACGGCUCUGUCAUUUCUAAGAAAGAGUGGUAUGUGUAGUGGCAUGCAACAACCAAACCAAACAACCCUCUGUCCCCCACCUGCAUUCCACUGCACCCUUCACCUCCAUCACGACCCUGCCCUCCCAUUUGUCAUACUGCACCCUUCACAGUCCCAUUCCUCUUUUGGUCGACCUAGUAACCCCGUCCCCCUGACUCCCCCCACAUCAGACCCCAUUCAACUAAUCUCAUUUAGAAAAACAAGCGUCUAUUUAAAGUGCUAGCAGCAUCAACUUCUCAAAGUGACAGCAUUGGUAUCAGUUCCAUCAGGUGAAUGGGCAAACAGUACAAACUAAGAUAUGUUAAAGGCCUCGAUGUCACUGACCUACGAGGCCGGUGAGGUGAUUGGUUGAUUAAUACUGGUGUAAUAUUCUUUUCUGUGUAUUUUUUCAUGUUCUAAAUGUAUUAAAUGUAUGAAAAGAGACUGCAGGUGGAGGUUUUGCUGAGCACAUUUGUGAAAGUCCUACACUGGAUGUGCAAUUUGUUUUGUUUUGUUUUUGGGUUUUUUUUCCAUUACCAUUGCCAUUUUGUUACUUUUAUAAUGUCUUUUUGUAUGAUUUUUAAGUGACCAGAGAAUUGAGAGUGUCUUGCAUAAUUACAGGUGGAGUUUUAAGUGUUUGUAAUUUUGUGGUCAAAUGUUUCAGAGAAAGAAAAAAAAAAACAUACAGAACCUUUAUCACUUUUCCCGUUUCUCACUGGGGCUUGGCGUUCAUGACAUGACUCAUUUUUGUAUAUUGACAGCAUUAAAAGCAGAUGUGUUAAUACUGUUUUCCAAAGACAUGCUUAGUAUUCCUUGACCCCUUUGUGUUUGUAUGCUUGGUUAGUUUCUUCACAGAGAGGGACUCAGUCUACUGAGCCAUUUGGACAUAGCAGUAACAAAUAAACAGCAAGUGUUUUCAGUUUUUCUCUCAUCAAAUCAGUGAAUGAGUAUAGCAUGGGAGAGAAGGGCUGCAAUCGUUUCAUACACAGCAAUCACGAUCACAUCCAGAAAAGGUUUGCUGAGUCUCUGUGUCCACAGAAACCUUCAAUGAUGCUCUGAAACGUCACAAUUGUCACUUGACUUGAACGGGUUGACCUGUGUACACGAGCUCUCUAUCUUACCACUAUGAUGAAAUUCUGAUUUUUGUGUUGACUUGUCAUAAUUCUGUUUUGUUCUAACUCUCAUUUUAACAAAUGGAUGUCAGAGGAAAACCUGUUGGAGGUGAUUUCCCAGUGAUGACUCUGUCUCUCCUCACAAGUGUGUGACAAUGUACUGAUGAUUUUGGCUUAAUCUCCCCCUCCCCUCGCCAUCCAUGGACACAAAGGACACGGAUAGGAGGAAAAUGUCAGCUGAUGCUUUUAUUUACAUAUGCAGAGAAAACAUUUUAACAUGUAAAGGGAAUCAUGGUGGUGGCCAUGCCAGAGUUUAUUAAGUCACCUGCUGCUUUCAUGAUGUUUUUUUUUUUCAUCUCUUUUGUUUUCUUUCUAAAAUAAAUUUCAGUAGCUGUUUGGGGGACUUUAAAGGAAUGAAUAGUUGUCCUUCCCCUGGUGUUGGCAUCUGAAUCUGCCAAGAGGGAUACAGUGCUCCUGUCUGAAGGCAUUAUAUUUAUCUGGCUUUUUAAAUCACUGUUAACAAGUGCCAGUGGAUGCUACUGUAGCAUAGCAAAUGAAUCGUUUCUCUCCUCAGCAGUGAGGUCCAUUACCCAAUCAGAAAAAUGCAAUCGCUUCAAAAAAGAAAAAUAUUUAAAAACUCAACAUGGGAUUAAACACAAGCAAAGAGACUAAAUGACAUAUCUGACUGGCUCUGAACAAUAUAAAUACUAUAUUAAUCCUUAUUUUAUGCAUGUUUUUUUGUGUUGGAGUGCGUAUGUUGCUGUUUUUUCUGUAUUAAUUCCAGUGUGUUUGUUCUCAUUUGCAGCUCAAAAGACGACACUUUGUCUGUGUUGUCAGUAUUGACAGAGGUUUGAGUAUAUGGGCACACAGUACCCAGCAACAAUAUUGCAGUUAAUACGCAAAACGUAUAUAAAUAUUUAUAUAAAUAAAUACAAAAAAAAUAACAUCUCUGAGAGCGGAUCUCUCUGCCAGCUGGAGAUGUGAAUGCGUUACAGUUCAUGCUUGUCUACUGUGUGUUUUUAGAUGAGCAUGUUAAUCAUGAGCGCUGAUUUAUAAUGUAUUUCAAACACAAACACAAAAAAUACAAAAUGGUCGUCUUCUUUCAGUUUAGUGUCAUUUUUGCUGGGUUUCAGUUUUGUUCUUGUCUACACACUUAGGUCUGAUUUUUGCUCUGUGUAUCCACUUCAGUUUGAGACCCGAGAUGACAGAAAGUUUCGGAGCAGGUAAAUUAACUGACUGUAGCUACUUUCAAAGUGCGAAAGCAAAUUACAGUUUAUUCUUCGCCUGCUGAUGAGCUGCUUUGCUGUAGCUUUUCAGUUGUUAUAGCAGUUUGCAUCACAGCAUUGUAGAGACAAAUAAAGCAUGUUUUUAUCUUCUUGUAUUCAGUGCCUAUAAACGCCAGGAGAGAUGAGGUCUGAACAGUUGCUGCUCCAUCAUUUAAGUGACUCAUGCCAUAGAAUAACAUAAUAAUUACUAUUGAAAUAUGACAUCGACUGCAAGCCUCUUCAAGUCAGACGGAUGGUGGUUCUUUACUUGCAGUGAAUUUUAGUUGGUAUCGUGGUGUUCCCAGCACUAGCACAAAACUAACGAUUUUCUCAACCUGAUAUUUGAAUCACAUGAUCUCUUAAAAGCUGCAUUCAGUACCAUUUUUAAAGUUUAAUGAUGGCUAAAUGGUGACACAGCACUUUUUGCCUUUCAAAACUGGACGGUGCAAGUCCAAAAGAGAUCAGACUUUUGCAACUUGGUCACGCACCGGUGACUUUUCUAAGCACAACAAUUGAAACUAAUCCGUUAAAAAAAGAGAGAGAGAGAGAUUUAACUUGUUAAUUUAAAUUAAAAAAAAAAACUUGGCCCAAAGCAUAGACUAACUCCGCCCCCUUUUAAAGCACAACUUCAAGGUUUCAUUUCACUUUUUUCUCUGCAUCCAUUCAAAGACCACUGCCACACUUGCUUCUCAGAACAUGUUGGACAAAAAAAAAAAAACCUUUCAGAUCUGAGCUGACAUUCUGUAUUCUGCUAGAUGUAAACAUUGUCGUCAUGUUGUCCGGGUGUUUUGAGUUUCUAUUUUGUAAUACUGACUGUAACUUCAUUCCAUCCUAAUCUACUUUUUGUAUUCAGUAAGUUCAACAUUCCACUGUAAAUACUGUACAUAGGGUUGAGAUUAUAGUCGGGAUUUAUUUAGGGACAACUGCGUAGGGACUCUGUUCAUGUAAAGUCUACCUAUUUUGACUGCAAACAUAGAGACUCGGUGAUGGAUAGAUGAAGUCGAUGCAUAGCUUAUUUCCAAAGUCCCACCUAAAAAUGCUCCUCCGGUACGUUUUUAACAUGCCACUAGCGGCUUCACUGUCAUACAAAGGGGUGAUGCAUACAGUUUGUCGAUUUAAUGUUACUGAGAGAAAAUCAAAAGAGAGAAAAUUGUCUGUAUGCAGCCAUGUGAAUGUAUAUUUCUGAGGGUGUUACAAAUAUGAAAAAAAAAAAAUCUCUUGUUCAAUUGUGAUGACCCAGUGAAGUAACUUGUAUUUGUUUUAAGCAUUAAAUGAGUUCAGUAGUCAACAA